AUGAGCGUGCGCAAGGCGCAUAAUUCAGGCCGAAACCAUUUGCGGAACGUCGUGGAGUACUAUCAGCGUACGUCUUUUGAGUGUGCCCCUCGCCAUUUUUCUUGGAGGAAUACAGAAUUAUUCUCGAACUCGGCUGACAGUUCGUUCACAGAAAUCGGUCAGGAAAAAGCACAGUCGGUCAUCGAUUCGAUCACCUCUUCCUACGCUGCUGAGGGACAACUUCCUCCGAAUCCCGCCCUCGCUCCGCCGGGAGCAUUCCCGCCGCCAUUCGGCUUUCCUGGUAUGAUGCUACAAGCUUGCUUUUUCGUAGAAGCAUACUGA